AUGUCACAUCUUAUCAUUUGGGAAGUUGACGCCGAAUUGCCAAUGGCUUUACGGGUACAGCAUUGUAAAAAGGCAAUGGAAUUCUUCAUAGACCUAGGCGGUGGACGGCGGGCGUAUCUUCAGUAUCGAGAACUUCCUGGCAAGAUACUAGACUUUCAUCAUACUGAAACACCGUUCGAACGACGAGGAGAAGGCAUUGCAAAACUUCUUGUGAAGGUAAGAACUGAAAGAGACCAGUUAAGUGCUUUCUCUUGUAAACAGCUGUUUGAGUGCAAGUGCUAG